CCGGAACAAACGCUAACGAUUGCAAAUCAACUCACAUCUUUUCGUAUCUUAAUAAAGAAAUAGCUUUUGACAAAAUGUCUGACGAAGAGGCUACUGCGUUGGUCAUUGACAAUGGAUCCGGUAAUGUCAAGGCUGGUGUCGCUGGUGAUGACGCUCCCCGUUGUGUGUUCCCCAGCAUUGUAGGUCGUCCAAAGAACCCUGCCCUUAUGGUUGGCAUGGAUGAAAAGGACACCUACGUUGGAGAUGAAGCCCAGGCUAAGCGUGGUAUCUUGACCCUUAAGUACCCGAUUGAGCACGGUAUCGUCACCAACUGGGAAGACAUGGAAAAGAUAUGGCAUCACACCUUCUACAAUGAACUCCGUAUUGCUCCUGAGGAACACCCCGUGCUCCUUACUGAGGCUCCCAUGAACCCUAAGGCCAACCGUGAGAAGAUGACCACCAUUAUGUUCGAGACCCACAACGUCCCAGCUAUGUACGUCGCUAUCCAGGCUGUGCUUUCCCUGUACUCAUCUGGUCGUACCACUGGUAUUGUGCUCGACUCUGGUGAUGGUGUUACUCACACCGUGCCCAUCUAUGAGGGUUAUGCCCUUCCUCACGCCAUUAUGCGUAUUGACCUUGCUGGUCGUGACUUAACUGAGUUCAUGCAAAAAAUAUUGGCCGAACGUGGCUUUACAUUUACUACUACUGCCGAAAAGGAAAUUGUGCGUGACAUUAAGGAAAAGCUUUGUUACAUUGCACUUGACUUCGAAGAGGAAAUGAACUCUUCUGCAUCAUCUAGUGAAAUCGAGAAAUCUUACGAAUUGCCUGAUGGAAACAUCAUUACCGUUGGAAACGAGCGUUUCAGGUGCCCUGAGGUGCUCUUCCAGCCUAGCUUCAUCGGUCAGGAAUCUGCCGGUAUCCACACCACCACCUUCAACUCCAUUGCUCGUUGUGAUGUCGACAUUCGCAAGGACCUUUACGCAAACGUCGUUCUUUCUGGAGGUACAACUAUGUACGAGGGUAUAGGACAGCGUAUGACGAAAGAACUCAACGCACUUGUGCCCAGCACCAUGAAGAUCAAGGUCGUUGCACCACCCGAGCGCAAAUACUCUGUAUGGAUUGGUGGUUCUAUUCUUUCUUCACUUUCUACCUUCCAGCAAAUGUGGAUCACCAAGGAAGAGUUCGAUGAGUCUGGACCCAACAUCGUCCACAGGAAGUGCUUCUAGAAAAACAAAAGCUUUUAUUAACUUUUCACU